GAAUUCUUGUUAAUUUUUUGUUCAACGUGGAAUUUUCGCAAUUUUUUGUGUAAUUUCCUCAGCAAAGUUGACGGUGCAAAAUCACAAAAGCAACGGAAAAAGAUGGCUUUGAGUGCGGCAGAAAAGUUGCAAUUGAUCCAGCGGAAUUUGCAGGAGACGUUGGGCGAGGAGAACCUGAAGAAGAUCGUCGCGGAACGAGACUUGAAAAUUUAUUGGGGAACAGCGACAACGGGCAAGCCUCAUAUCGCUUAUUUUGUGCCGAUGUCCAAAAUUGCGGAUUUUUUGAAGGCAGGAUGUGAGGUAACAAUUCUUUUUGCGGAUCUGCAUGCCUAUUUAGACAACAUGAAAGCUCCGUGGACUUUGUUGGAACAACGCACGAAAUAUUACGAAGCCGUGAUCAAAGCGAUGCUCAAGUCAAUUGAUGUCCCCUUGGAUAAACUCAAGUUCGUCAAAGGCUCCGAUUAUCAAUUAUCUCGCGAAUACACGUUGGAUGUCUACAAAUUAUCGUCUGUCGUCACGCAACACGAUGCGAAAAAAGCCGGCGCUGAAGUCGUCAAACAAGUCGAAUAUCCUCUCCUUUCGGGACUUUUGUACCCCGGGCUUCAAGCACUCGACGAGGAAUAUUUGAAAGUCGACGCGCAAUUCGGAGGCGUCGAUCAACGCAAAAUUUUCACAUUUUCCGAAAAGUACAUGCCACAGCUGGGAUACGCGAAACGCAUUCAUUUGAUGAAUCCCAUGGUGCCCGGCUUGACAGGCGGAAAAAUGUCGUCUUCCGAGGAAGAUUCAAAAAUCGACAUUUUGGAUAGCGCGGCGAAUGUGAAGAAAAAGAUUAAACGUGCCUUCUGCGAACCCGGAAAUAUCACCGAUAACGGACUUUUAUCCUUCACGAAACACGUUUUGUUCUCACUUUUCAAGGAAGGCGAAGGAUUUCGUAUCACCCGGAAGCCCGAAUUUGGCGGAGAUGUCGAAUACAAAAAAUACGAAGACCUUGAAGCUGCUUUUGCGAAGGAAGAAGUUCAUCCGGGUGACUUAAAAGCAUCCGUUGAAGGUUAUAUCAAUCGUCUUUUGGAACCAAUUCGCAAGGAAUUCGAUACUCCGUUCUACAAAGAACUCACGGAAAAAGCAUAUCCAACUGCCAAACCCGCAAAAGGAGGAAAAGCUGCUCAAGAACAAUCAGAAAACACUCCCGAUAAAGCUGACUUGCGCGUUGGAAAAGUUCUCACUGCCGAAAAACAUCCCGAAGCUGACAAUUUAGCCGUUUUAAGUGUCGAUUGCGGCGCAGAAAUUGGCAAAAAAUCCAUCGUCAGUAAUUUGUCGCAAUUUUACUCUUUAGAAGAACUCACGGGAAUGGAAGUUGUCGUUUUAUGCAACAUGAAAUCCAGCAAAUUCAAGGGUGUCGAGAGCGAAGGACUCGUUUUGUGUGCAUUUAACGAAGAGAAAUUCGAACCAUUGAAAGUUCCCGCAGGAUCAGCACCCGGCACGAAAAUGACAGUUGAAGGAUUUGAAGCGAACGGAGAAAUUCCUCAACUGAAUCCGAAGAAGAAAGUUUGGGAUAAAAUUCAGGCGGAAUUCAAAACGAACGAAAAUGGCGAGGCUUUGUGGAAAGAAUUUAGUUUGUUGACUGUGAACGGAGACAAAGUCACGAGUACAUUGACGAAUUGCAACAUCAAGUAAAAAAAAAUUAAGCGCUUUCUUAUAAAUUAAAAAAAAAAUUAUUUAUUUUUUUUGUUAAAAAAAUCACGAGGUCUGUGAAUUCUUGACUUUAAAGGCAAAAGUGCAACGAGUAAAAAUGUUUCGUAUUUUAUUCUACCUCAAUAAAAAUUUUUUCAUUAAAAAAGAUGAAUUUGAACAAAAAAUUUUACAAUUUGUUUAAUUUUUGAUAAAAUUCGCUUCAAAAAAUAAAUAU